AUGGUUGACAAUGGAUGCCUGAGUUCUUCGUUAUCGGUACAAAAAGAUAUUAGAUGCUUGAGCUCAAAAUAUUCGGAAAAGAAUCCAAUGGGAGGCACAAGAUGUUCACUGGAAAGCUCCUUCACAUCAUCUGAGAGCUCGGGGCAAAAGGAAGAGAAGAAAUCCAAGCAUGAGAGUGGAGGAGAUGCCAAUUCGGUUGUACUGUCACUAAGGGAUAUGGAUCCAAGGCCGAAGGAAAAGGGUGUACCAAGCAAUCAAAUAAGCGGAAGGAAGAAAAGUGAGAGCACCAUUUCUGAUGGUGAUUGGGCAGAACAACCAUCUGGUAAACACACACACAAAACUGGUGACCAAUUGACAAGGUUUGGAUUAAUGGAGACCUUUGAUCUGACCGACUUUGAUUCAGGUCCAAAAGCAAUAGACUUGAACUGCGAAGGCUUUGAAUAUUGUCAGAAAAUACGUACUUGCAUGACUUCUGAUAUAAAGUCUCAAGGAGGGAAGCUGUCAGCAGCAAAGCACCCAAGCACUGUUCAACGGAUGGAUACUAGGUGCUUCUAG